UGGGAUCCUAAGUUCCCCCAACAGCUUUGUUUCUAUGCACUUUCAUCUUGUCGAUGUUCUAAAAUGGCGGCUCCGAGGAAUGUGUUGAGGGACGAGGAGAGUGCUGCGGCGGCGUUGUUGAGCAUCAGCAGCAAGGAAGAUGACGAUUCUCCGUCGGGGAAGAGGUUAAAAUCAGAGAGGUUCCCCGUUUCAAGGUGGGAAUUGGCUGCCUUUUUCGGGGUUUUCUUGAUUUUUUCUACCGGCUUGUUCUGCAUCUACCUGACCAUGCCCGCUACCGAGUAUGGGAAACUCAAGAUCCCUCGUUCCAUCUCUGAUUUGCGAUUGCUCAAAGAUAAUAUUGCAACAUAUGCAAAGGAUUACCCAACACAAUUCAUUUUGGGUUACUGCUCAACUUAUAUCUUCAUGCAAACUUUUAUGAUUCCUGGAACGAUUUUCAUGUCUUUGCUAGCUGGAGCUCUCUUUGGUGUUAAAGGCCUUUUCUUGGUUGUCUUCAAUGCCACAGCUGGAGCAUGCUCCUGCUUUUUUCUAUCAAAGCUGAUUGGCAGACCUUUGGCUGGCCUCACACUUGGGGAUCUCAGGUCUGUUAAGGACCUCUAUGAUUUCAAGACCUUGUCCGUGCUUUUCCUUAUCGGGAUGGUCUCCAUAUUUCCUACCCUUCUGAAGAAAAAGAAGAUAUAUGAAUAA